AUGCCCAGUGGCCCCGGCUCUUCCUUUGACGGAACCUCUCCGCUGCCGUUUGGUCCGGGCCCAGCGAGUCAUGCCGAGCAUCUCUGGGAUGCAGAGCUGCAACAGCCGCAAGGGCAGCAGCAGCAGUCGCCGCAAGACAUUGCGAGGAACCUCAACGUCAUCGACGAGUUCUUUAUCAAGAAUGGUGCUCAUCGGCCCCCAGUGCCUUGCAACUACUGUCAACGACUCAGACUCCAGUGCCUCAUCCUCCAGACCACCGAGGCCAACCCGAACCCCGUCAGCUCCUGCUCCAGCUGUGUAGCGCUCUAUCGCGAUUGCAGUCUUGCUGAGCGUGGCAAGAGAGAGGCUUCCGCUUACGAGACUCUCCUCCCGGUCAUCGGCCAUCUGCAUGGUGUUCGCGAGGAGACUGACGGCUCUACCACCCUUGAGGGAGCCACCAGAUGGCGCAUUGAGCGAGAGGCUGCUCCAGCCCCGACCAGAUCAUCGUCGAUAGCUUCGUACAAGCGAAACAGCACUCGCUCUGUGAAAAAGACGAGGGUCCUGAGAAACUGGUUUGCCACUCAUCAGGAGCACCCGUAUCCGUCUGAAGACGAGAAGUGCAUGCUAUCCGAGCAGAGUGGCUUGACCAAGACGCAGGUGAUCAACUGGUUCGCCAAUGCCAGACGCCGCCAUCGCCUGACCGCCCAGUCUCACUUCAACAACAGCAGCAAAGUGUUCCUGCAGGGGUCUCCAAUGCCCCAGACAUUUCUUGCCGGCAUGUCGCCGAUGGAGCGAUGGCGGCACUCGCCCCCGAACGAGGAACCGGUCUCGGCAUCGGCCAUCGAGAAUGCCCUAUCCAGCCAGAUGCAUGCAGGGGGCCGGAAUGGUUACGUUCACUCCUUCGACGGCAGCUACGCCACCGACGGUUUCUACGAGGCGUCCUCCAACUCUGGGUCGUCUGCGUUCUCCAUGUAUCAGUCCGACGAUGCAGGCAUCUUCUCCCUAUCGGCACGCAGCUCCAUCCACGGCAGCGAUGGCGAUCUUAUAGCUGGCCCUUCUCAAGCAAGGGCCGCUACAAAAACGGCAGCCGAUCGUGGUAGGGCUCACAUGUUUCAGUGCACUUUUUGCCGUCAGAGCUUCAAGAAGAAAUACGACUGGGUACGACACGAGAGGUCCAUCCAUCUCCCUGGCCUCGACUCGUGGAUAUGCAAGGUGCCUCUCCCAGACGACCAGUCACACGUUGUGUGGCGAGUGAAUCAUAGUGAGCCAGAGUGCAUCUUCUGUGGUCAGACAUCACCCACAGAUGAGCAUAUGCAGUCCCACGAGUUUCAGUCUUGUGCAGAGCGGCCUGUAUCGGAGCGGACCUUCACUCGAAAGGACCACUUAUGGCAACACCUGCACAAGUUUCACCGCUGCCGAAAGUGGGAUGGAUGGAAGCCAAACCUCCAUCUCUUGGAGCACCGACAAGAUACGUACGAGAGCGUAUGUGGCUUCUGUCAGCUGCAGAUGCAUAGCUGGGAGGAGAGGGUCCAGCAUCUGGCGUCUCACUUCCGACGAGGCACAACCAUGGUUGAGUGGGCUGGCAGCGAUCUCGGCAAAGGCAGAGAAUCCAGCCUUCCAACCUCAUGA